UUCACACCGAAAGGGGAGCGAUCCGAUCUCUUUAUUUUGCGCCUUUUUUGAAUAUUUUAUAGGGGCAGCCGGUGUGUGUCGCUUGUGAUGUUAAAUCGGGACAGCCUCUUCCGCCUCACACACCCCACACCACCGCCGCCACCACCAUUAGAACCUAGACUGAGCCCUCAGUACUAAUUGGAUCAUUAAAGGUACAUGCGGAUAUGAAUUCGGCCGAGCAAACAGUAACGUGGCUCAUAACGUUGGGGGUCCUGGAGUCACCAAAAAAGACCAUUUCGGAUCCGGAGGGUUUCCUGCAGUCAUCUUUAAAAGAUGGAGUGGUGCUGUGCAGACUGCUGGAGAGACUGCGACCCGGGACAGUGGACAAAGUUUUCCAGGAGCCGAGGAGCGACAGCGAGUGUCAGAGCAACAUCAGCGGCUUCGUGCGAGGCUGCGCGGCUUUCUACGUGGAGCCAUUUGAGGUCAGUGACCUUCAUCAGGGGGUUAAUUUCUCCAAAGUCCUCAACUGCCUGCUAGCCCUCAACAAAGCGACAGAAGUAACAGGUGCAGGCGGGGACGGUGUCGGUGUUCGUCAGUCCUGCUCCCUGAGAAUCAAGUCGUUCGAUUCUCUGAACGCUCAGGGUCGCUCCUCAAAAGUGCUGCAGCCUCAGUACCGCAGCCUGGACAUGUCAGAGGGCAGUGGGUGUGGCCACGUGCUGGUGAAGGCCCGCUUUGCCUUCCAGCGGACCAAUGAGGACGAGCUCUCGUUCUCGAAGGGUGACAUCAUCAGCGUGACCCGGCAGGAGGAAGGCGGUUGGUGGGAAGGCUCCCUCAACGGACAGAGUGGGUGGUUCCCCAGUAACUACGUGCGAGAGGUCAAAGGAAACGACAAGCCAGUGUCACCUAAGUCAGCGACCCUGAAGAGUCCCCUGAAAGGGUUCGACUCUACAAUCGUCAGUAAAACCUACUACAAUGUGGUCCUACAAAACAUCUUCGAAACAGAGAGCGAAUAUUCCAGAGAACUACAGAGUCUCCUGGCCUCAUACCUACGCUCCCUGCAUCCUACUGAUAACGUAAGCGGUGCUGACAUCAGUCAUAUUCAGGGGAAUCUGGAGGAGGUCUCUACCUUCCAGCAGAUGUUGGUUCAGUCCUUGGAGGAGCGUACCAAGCUCCCAGAGUACCAACAGAGGAUAGGGGGGUUCUUUCUGGGUUUGAUGCCCCAGAUGAAAACUCUCUACAUGGCCUACUGCUCGAACCACCCCUCGGCUGUCCAUGUGCUCACACAACACAGUGAGGAGCUGGGCGAGUACAUGGAGUCCAAGGGAGCGCCCAGUCCCGGGAUCUUGAACUUGACCACCGGCCUCAGUAAACCAUUCACCAGACUGGACCGAUACCCGACCCUGCUUAAAGAACUGGACAGACACAUGGAGGACCACCACCCUGACCGACCAGACCUGCAUACCUCGAUGACGGCCUUCAAAACCCUCUCCGUUCAGUGUCAGGAGGUGAGGAAGAGGAAGGAGUUGGAGUUGCAGAUUCUGACGGAGCCAAUCAGAAACUGGGAGGGAGACGACAUUAAAACCCUGGGUCCGGUUCUCCACAUGGCCCUGACCACCGUCUACACGCACAGCUGUCAGGAAAAGAGCGAGCGUUAUCUCCUCCUCUUCCCUCACACCCUGCUGAUGGUGUCCCCCAGCUCUCGAAUGAGUGGAUUCAUCUACCAGGGGAGGCUCCCGCUGUCAGGAAUGCUCAUCUCCAGGAUCGAAGACGGAGACAACCUGAGGAAUGCUUUCGAAAUAUCCGGCGGCCAGUGUGAGCGUAUGCAGGUGGCGUGCGGCAGUCCACAGGACCUCCAGGAUUGGCUAGAUCUUCUCACGAAGCACACACACACUCUCUCCUCACACACGCCUGCCCCGGCCACACACACAGCCAAACCACUGUCCGCCUACCAAACGUUGCCCUCCCAGCCCGCCACUCCCUCCAGGCAUUUGGAGUCAUGCGGAGGGGGCGGGGGUCCAGCGUACCAUACGCUCCCUCACAAUUCCUCCUUCGGGGCGGUCCCGGGUGUCAGCCCAAUGUGGGGUCCCCUGGAGCCCCCCAACACCCCCAAACCUUGGAGCCUCAGCUGUCUGCGCCCCGCUCCUCCACUCCGGCCCUCUGCCGCUCUCUGCUAUAAGGAGGACAAGAGUCCUAAGAGCGUGAAGAAGCUGCUGCCGAAGAGGAAGCCGGAGAGGAAACCGUCAGAAGAGGACUUCUCCACCAGGAAGAGUACAGCAGCCCUAGAGGAGGAUGCUCAGAUUCUGAAGGUGAUUGAGGCCUACUGUACCAGUGCCAAGACACGGCAGACACUCAACUCCACGUGGCAAGGCACUGACCUCAUGCACAACCACGUGCUGGCAGACGCCAACCUCACUGUGCACAUGGACGCGGCCGCUGGCAACCCGCCGUGUUCUGACCAAUCAGAGGACUCGGAUUAUGACAGUAUCUGGAACGCCCAUAGUUACAGGACGGCCUCGGUUUCUCGUUCGAGCAGGAAAGAUGUACACAUAUUGUUCCCAGAAAAGGAGAAGAUCAUCGUGGAGGAGAUCAAGAGCAAUGGACAGACGGUGGUGGAGGAGAUGAGUUUGGUGGACACGGUAUACAGUCUCAAGGACGAGCUUCAAGAGCUCAAACAGGACAACAAGAGGAUGAGGAGGACGUUGGAGGAGGAGCAGAGGGCGAGGAAGGAGCUCGAGAGGAUCAUAAGGAGAGUUCUGAAGAACAUGAACGACCCUACCUGGGAUGAGACAAACCUAUGAGUGUGUGCGCAUGUGUGUGUUUUGACGAACACCAGAGAUUAAUUUCUGACCAUGAAAUGAAAUGAUUAACCACCCAGCAACCUCUGAACUGUCGAUGACCUUUGAACUGAAUGGUAAUCUGUGGAGCAGGUUGAGGACCAAGAGAAAUGCCAGCCACCCUAACACCUAAGCCAUCCCGAACGACCAAAAAACUGUGAAGCCGGGGGGGGUUGCCGCCCAAGCAGGAAAUUACAUUACAUGUGUACUCUGUCACUUCCUGUACGGCUGCUUUUUGAGCUUUCCCCGAAUAGCCAAACCCAGCACUGCUUUUAGUACCGACAAUAGCUUUGAUUUCAUGGCUCCUCACAUUUCUAAUCUGGAAUAAUGGUGAGAAAGUCUCCAUCUUCCCCCACCGGUGUUAAAGGCUGGACAUCCAUACUUUGGUUCUGAUGCAAUAUUGCUUCAAACAGGUCUAUAAUGCAUCAAAUAUAUUUCCACCUCUGCAGAGAAAGUAAUUUUUUGGGUUUUCUUGUGGGCUGCUUAAGACAAAAUGGGGUUUGAUUAUGCUCUCUGGCAAUUACAUGUUGAAGCUUAUCCAACUGAAAACGAUUUUUCUCAGUAAUUUUUUACCAAUGAAAUGCUUUGUUUUACUGCUCAACUCGAGCAGUAGAAUGAAUGGUUUUUUUCACUUGCCUCCAUUUCAAUGUCAGAUUUUGCUUUGCACACCGAGUCUUCACAGACUUGUAACUGGGAAUUUUCUCAUACGUAUGCCUCCAUCAAAGUUAAAGACCGGCUGACUUCUGAGUUCAGGUGCUUUGAGUAAUACAGUUCUCCACAAUCCUCCACUCCAUCAUCAAAAACACCACGAGAGAACCAGCCGGGGGUUUGCAAGACUUGCCAUCAGAAUGAUUUUUCAGAAAUUACAUUUUAUCUCUUUUUUGCAUAAUCCCUUCAUAUGCAUGGCAGUUUUUUUUUUAAUCUCAAGCAAACCUUAAAGCUUUUUUUGCAUUAUUUUGGAUUUUAUAUUUAAAUAUUUCGUUGUUUGUAUUCGGCCUUCCUUCAUCGCAUCAGGAAAAUUCACAUCAAAACAUUGAAUGAAGUGCAGUUACUGACCACGGGUCUCCAGAUCUCUCUUUAACUUGUUUAUCUGAACAGAAAACUGCACUGCAAAAUCAAAUAUGCAGACUCUAAUCUCGGUUAACAUCCACUUCCCUGUUUUAAUUUUCCCGUCAGAAGAAAGGGCCGCGCAAUACAAAACGUUUUAUGAAUUUUUUUUUUAUUGGAUUGUUUCCUAUUUUUAUAUUUGUGAUCGUAUUUUCCCUAAUGUAACUGAUUUUUAUUUAUGUCAAUUGACUCCAGGAGACAUUUAAAACACUAAUCUUUUUUUACUUCGUUGAUUACUCUGAUUAUUUGUAGAAAAAAAAACACCGAUAUUUCAAAUGAACAUCAGCCGACAUGCCUUGAUCAGAAAAAAAAAAAAAAAAAAAAAACAACCUUGUCACACUUUUCCUCAGCAUCACUGCUUUUUCCCGUCUUCACAUACAAUAACAUUGACUGAAAAGAUGAACUUUGUUAACGUAAGAUGUGUAUCCAAUAUUUCAAUUAUUGACAUCCUAACUUAUGUAUUUAAAUCAUAUCUCCGUGUAAAUGUACUGUGUUACAGAUUGUGUGCUAAUGAAGGUGACUAUAAAAGUGAUGAUGACCCCCAUACCCUGCACACAAACACACACCCCUAUUUUAUUUAUUUCAAGUAUCUUCUUCAGCCUGUAAAUAAAACAUGUCAGCUGA